AUGAAAAAAGAAAUUCUCUCAGUGAUUUUAUUGUUGAUGAUGAUGAUUACUACCAUCUAAGGUGUUUUUUCUGGUUCUUGGAUGACAUGCUAAAAUUCUGCUGGAAAUUGUGUAAAUUGCUAGCCACAAAGUCCAGGUUAUAGUGGAAAGUAUAUAUCUGGAGAUUAUAACACAUGUUAAGUCUAGGAUUGCACAAUAGUUCCUAAUAUAUAUACCUUAGACUGGUGCACUUCGUGUAUUCCUUAUAAUCCUUUCCCUAACAAAACGGGAACUAAAUGCAUAUGGUCAGAUUGUAGUUCAACUCCAAUCUCAGGUAGUUACUCAAAUUAGUGGUGCACAGAUUGUUCUGAUGCAUCAACUCCCUAUGCAAAUAAAGAUAAUACAGGCUGCAAUGCCUAAAACUGUUCAACUACCCCAACAUCAGGUUAAUACACAAAUGAAUGGUGCUCUAGUUGUUCUUCAUCUGUUUAAUAUGCAAGUCCUAAUAACGACUCUUGUGUGGUUAGCAACUGUUCAUUAACGCCAGGCGCAGGAGCAUUUUCUAAUUAGUGGUGCAGUGAUUGUAAUUCUACCAAAAAAAAUGUAAGUACUGAUAAAAACUCUUGUGUUGUUAGCAAUUGCUCUAAAGCACCUAGUUCUGGAUCAUUUUCAAAUUAAUGGUGUAGCGAUUGUCAGCUAUCAACACCGUUUGCUAAUUAACUCAAUACAGCUUGUAUUGAUUAAAAUUGCUAAGCUUAUCCUGGCUUUGGUAAAGUAACAAGCAACUGGUGCUCAGCCUGCUCUUCAAGUGGAUAAUAUGCUAGUUCAGACUCAAAUUCUUGUGUUGUUAGUAACUGUUAAUCUAUGCCAAGCUAAGGAAAAUUUACAAACUAAUGGUGCAGUGACUGCUAACCUUUUACUCCAUAUGCUGAUUCUGAUAAAUCUAAUUGUGUACUUUUAAAUUGUAGCAGCGCUAUAGCCUCAGGAUCUUAUACUGCAAGCUGGUGUUAAGUUUGCUCAUAGGUUGGUGCAUAUCCAAAUUCAAACAAAAGUGGUUGUAUUAUAAGCAACUGCUCUAUUAAUCCUAAGUAAGGUUAAUAUACAAGCUAAUGGUGCAACGAUUGCUAAAGCAGUAGUGUAAAUUCAGAUUUUAAUGGUUGUGGAGGUAUUAUUUAAUUAUAAUCACAUAAAAUCCAUUUACAGUUUAUAUCCAUCUUAUUUGGAUUAUAUGUUAUACUAACUUUAUGA